AUGGGAAGCGGAAAAACGGCAGGUCGUGUCUCAGCAAGAUCAUCUGCUCGUUCGGGCUGUCGCUGUCCUUUUGGGGGCUGUGUCUGUGGUUCACGACGUUCAUCGACAGCUUUAGAAGAUCGAAAUCACUUCUCCAGUAUCAAGAAAACCAGAAAUCAGAAAACCCUAUCCAAUGCGCGGACUAGCGAAAACGUAAUUGUAAGAACACUACGGAGUGCCCAAGGAGGUAUGGGAAUUAUCUUGUUCACUAUUUUCGUAUGCUUGUACAUCACAGAUUUCUACAAUUUGUCAUCUGCAAGAUCAGAAGAUGAAGGCAGCUUCUCAGAGACGGACGCAGGUCGAGUUGAACAGCCACCCGUCAGUUUCUUAGCAGCAAAUAGUGAGAAAAAGGCCACAGUUAUGUAUCUCCCGGGGGCAGUCAUGAGUGAAAGAAAAAGUUUUGAAAAUGACCCAUCAGAGAGCAUGCAGCGAGAUCCAAAUACCUUACCCGGUGCUAUUGGAUCUACUGGUGCCUUUGACAACCACGAACUUUCGCCAAGCAGCAAGGAAAAGUCGGCAUCUGAGACCUCAAAGACCAAUGACAACCCAUCCAAGAAUGAAAAACCGGCAAACGACAAGAACAAGAAAACAAAACAAAAAACUUAUUCUUCCCACAAACCGAAAUCGCCAUCGCGUGAAACUAAACUUCAACCUGCGAAGUCUAAGGUAGAUGCUCCUAGAAGUGGUGGUGUAUCCUCACGGUUCACUGCGCACAAACAGACUGACAAGCUCAUUUCAAAAGCGACAGAUUCUAUUUCAGAGACAGAGAAUGAAGUCUCUCGUGAAGAAGUGGGGAAAAACAAUGAUGAUGGUCCAAUCACCACAGGAAGUCAUCCGAUGAAUCGGAACAUGGAAGAGCUUCAGGUUGCUGGGGGCACAGGACCUCUCGGCGAAAGGGCUGUUCGCAGUGCAUACGAGAAACUAAUCAAAGCAUACUUGGCACCGUUCGCGGGUGGAAUCAAGCGCCAGUCGUUCUUCGAAAUUUUGCGACGAAGGACAUAUGCCUUGGCUCCUCCUGGGGCAAACAAGGGUAUUCAAACGAUCUUGUUUCAAAUCAUCAAAAAACAUGUCUACUACCUGGAUCCGUAUGAUGUGGCCCAAAACUCGAAGCCAUUCUAUAAGACAAGACUGAAAGAACUCAUUUGGUUGCUGAGUGAAAUUGCAAAGCAGGGCAACGUCCCUGAUACCGAGUUUCUUCUUGCUAUUCACGACUGCGUUCAGACAGUAAGCAGAAAGCAUACAUACAGAGGCCCUGUUUAUACGGAAAGCAACCCUACAUUCACUAUUGUGUCGUGUAAUUUUUCGGAUAACAUUCCUUUUCCAAUGUGGGAAGGGGACAAAGUCAGAGGUGGGUUGAGGACUUGGGAUGACAAAAUAGAAAAAUACAAAGCAGCUGACACAACGCCAUGGAAAAAGAAAAUUAGUCAAGCUGUCUUCAGAGGUGGAAAUCGACCUAGCAUGUUCUUCCAGAAGAAGAAGGAUGCCGACGAUCACUGCGACGAGUUUGGACGGUCAAGGCUCCGUUUCCUCGGAACGAAGCAUCCAGAAUUGUUUGAUGUUGGUGUGGGUGGUUCCUGUGGAGGGAAAACACAUUAUCUGUCACGAUUGUCAGAGGAAGGGCAUCACAAGUACAAGUAUAUUCUGUAUGCUGAAGGUAACUGUUUUUGGGCAGAUCGUCUCAACAAGCAGAUCUUUGGACCAUCAGCAGUACUCAAACAAGAGACUCCGUGUGGACAAUUCUGGGAACCACUGCUCAAGCCGAUGACGCAUUACAUUCCGACAGAUUUCUUUUUCUCUGACACUGUAGAAAAAUUGAGCUGGGCUCGGGAACAUGAUGAUGAAGUCCAGAAUAUAGUCAAGAACGCGAAUAAUUUUGCCGGAAGCUUUCUGAGCUUCAAGGGUAUCAAGACUUACGUAGAAGUACUGCUAACCGAGUACACUAAACUCUUGGAACGGUCAGAGAUACGGCCAGAGAAAGGGAGUGUGGAUGUGACCGUAUAA